CCAUGUGAAAUCCUAAGCCUAAGAGGGUUUUUAUUUAUUACAGCAGUACCAUCCUUUUACCUUUGUGACCCCAGCCCCUAAGCUGAUGCUAAGGACAGUCAUGCUGUGGAAGGUGCCCAUGCUUGUAGGACUGAUUGUACUAGGCACUCAUAUAUGGACCAUUGACAACGAAUUUUUAGAUGGUACUAAGGAUCUAGAUUAUUUUGUGGCAUCAGUGGAGUUUGCUGUGGCUCAGUUCAAUGACAACAACCCAGAAGAGAACACAUACAGGUUGCUAGAAGUUGAGAGAGCCCAGAAAAAGACAUGGACAAUGAUGUUUUUAAUGGCUUUGGAGAUGGGCCGCACAGUUUGUAAGAAACAUGACGAAAACAUCCAUAAUUGCCCAUUGCUACGAGGUUCAGGAGAAAAGGUUAGCGAAUCAAACGAUUUCCAAUUGUAUCUGAUCUUUUGA